CCCCAGGCCCCCUGAAUCCUCUGGGCAGCCCUGCCCAGAACCUCCCAACAAGCCCCUGUGCAUCCAGAUUUCCCCCGUAUGGAUCCCCCCACUAAGCUGCCCAAAGCCAGAUUGACCCACUCAGAAGGGCAGGGCUCUGGGGUGUUUCUGGGGCUGGCCCAGUCCUUGUUCUGUGCCAGGAUUGGGUGCAGCCUCAACACCGAGACUGUGCCCCAGGGAGGGGGGAGCUGCACAGUGAUCUCCCACCCCGUGCAGCCAGGGGCCUGUGCUCCCUAGGGCUAUCCAGGAGCCUCCAUGUUGAUUGGCAAAAUUUUAAAAUAUUGUGUGCAGAACUUUUAUUAUUUUGGCACUGAAUGCUCUCAGGAGUACUCCUAUCAGGCACCUCUCCUGCAUGCCGGGGUGCUGAGAGCCUUUGAACCAAACUAAACCCUGGAUAUCAUGGAAACCGCUUCAAGCCAGCCAGUGCAGCAGCACCCCCUCGUUCCAGCACUUUUGCCUGCAUGCUAACAAACCAUGCCAGAGAGCCCGAUUCUGCCUCUCCCACACUCACAUACUUCAGUGGACCCCAUUUCCUUGCACUGUAAAGUCUUGGGAGAGGGACUGAGCCUUUGGAUAGGGCUCCGGGUGCCAUCAAUGCUCACCAAAUAAAGUAUCAGAGGGGUCGCUGUGUUAGUCUGGAUCUGUAAAAGCAGCAGAGUCCUGUGGCACCUUAUAGACUAACAGACGUAUUGGAGCAUGAAUAUUCACCCACGGAAGCUCUUCGCUGUACCUAGCCAGUCAAUGAACUAGGAAGAAUCAAAGCCCAGCUGAUUUCUGCAAGCUUAUGCUUUCCUCCUGCUGUAUGGGGACACCUAGAGGCUGCUCUGGGGAUCCAAGACAUUUGGGGUUGGCUUUUGCUGGGUGGGGUAAAAUCACUGUUGCCAACUCUAAAGAUUUUAUCACAACUUCCAGGCUGUGGGGUCUCUCUCAACACCCCAGUGCCUGGAGGCACACCAGCGGGGGAGACACAGCUGUCAUUUCAAAAACACAUUUCUAGGGCUCUCCAUUGUAGAGAAACUUUGAAACAUGACCGGGAUGUGCCCUUACAGCUGGAAAGCAAACAACAGAAUAUGAUUUUGGGGGCCUGGCUCAUGGCUAUUAAGGAGUGGCAAUCUAGUUAUCUUGCGUGUUUUCCUCUAGCUUAUGCUUCACCCUGUAUCUUCCUUCCCUCACCCAUUGUCCUCGCCUGGCUCAGGGUAAGACAACAGGCCCGCUCCUCUCUUCCCAAUGCCUAGGUCAUCCUGAAACCUUCCCGUGCCAGUCUCAAAUGCAGCUGCCUCUGGUGUGGAACCGGUGCCUGCCAGGCCCUGCCCCAACAGCCGGGGGGGUAGGUUAGUGCUGGGCUCAGGCAGUGGGCACGGGGAGGUGUAAGGGGCAGGCGGAGCAGCCACCAUCCCUGCUCCAAGUUAACCCUGCACCAGACCCACCCGCUGGAACCUAGUUUUGCAGCCAGGACGUCAACACCCUCCCCUCCCCGGCAACCUGCGCAUGCCUAGUGGGUAGACUAUGUAUGCCCCGAACCUAGCGGAGCAUGCGCAGUUGUCGAGCUAGAGAGGCGCUGACGGGGAGCCGACGCACGCGCUGUGGGCCACGGAGAGGCGGGAGCAGCGCCGCACGCGCAAAGGCAAAAGCGCAUGCGCAGAGUAGCGGCUGCGUGCUUGCGAGCGGGAGCUGAGCCCUACGGCAGCCGCCAUCUUGUCCCCGCUCCUUUCCUCGUCUUCAGCAUGAGGCUGCCGAGGCGGGGCCGGGCCCCCCCGCUCCUCCUCCCCUUCCUGCUCCUCCUGGGCCCCGCCCGCCCCUUCAAGCUCAACGUGCCCAAGGUGCUGCUGCCCUUCAGCCGAGAGCUCCACGUGCCCUUCGUGCUGGAGGCCGAGGGCGGCUGCUACUCCUGGUAUUCCACACGUCAUGAUACAGUCACCAUUGAGCCAAUUUACGAGAAUGGUACCACUUGUUCGCAAAAAGCUUUGCUGUCUACUCAGUCUACACAGGCCACAAAGCUAAGCAGCGUUGUUAUAGCUGAGGAGCUUGUGACAGGCCAUUUACUGCGUUGUGACAUCAUUGUUGAUAUGAUAAACAGUAUUGAAAUUAUCUCCCGAACCCGAGAAAUAUAUGUGGAAGAUUCUCCACUUGAAUUAACCGUGAGAGCUCUGGAUGUUGAAGGAAACACAUUCAGUAGUUUGUCAGGAAUGACAUUUGAGUGGAGCAUUGCUAAGGACGAUGACAUGGAAGGCUUAGAACUGUCUAGCAAAAUUAGGAUUUUAAAAUACUCUGAAGCAGAGUAUUCCCCACCAGACUACAUUGUCGAGAUGGAACAAGCAGGAAAACAAGGGGAUAGGACUCUGGUAUCAGGCAUCAAAACUGGUGCAGCUAUCAUAAAGGUCCGAAUUCAGGAACCAACUUAUAAGAAAGUAGCUGCUGCACUGGUGCGUCUAUUGGUUCUGGAGAAUAUAUUCCUAAUACCAUCCUAUGACAUUUACCUUCUGGUUGGAGCCUACAUUCAGUACCAAGUUGCUAAAAUUGUACAGGGAAAGAUCACAGAAGUAGAGUUGCCUCUUGAACAUUAUGAGCUUGAACUACGUGACCCUAUUGUUGCACCUGGUGGGUCUGAUCUUAUUCCGGUGGCCAGACUGGAUGUGGACACAGCCACUGUGACAGCAGUGCAGUUGGGACAGAUUAGUCUGGUCUUUGUUCAUAAAAAUAUUCACAUGCGAGCUACAUCUGGACUUCCAAACUGCACUGUCUAUGUUGUAGAAGCUGGAUUUCUAGGUUUCAGUGUUCACCCAGGAGACAGGUGGGUUCUAGAAGUGAAGCGAGCAUAUACAAUCACUGUUGAGGUGUAUGAUAAAUCCAGCACUAAAGUCUAUUUAUCUGAUAACCUCAGAAUAACUCACCAGUUUCCCAAGUUGUAUUUUGAAGAGUUCUUGUCUUCUGUUAAUGGUUCUUACCAUAUCGUUCAAGUCCUGAAGGAGGGUAUCACAGUAAUAAAAGCUGCCCUGGUAUCUGUUCUUCUACAGGCUGGCUCUGAGGAUUACUUACCUGUCCCAAUCAGCCAUGAACAGGAGGUGAAGAUUUACUUUCCAAUCAAACUGACACCCUCCUUCCUUGCAUUUCCACACCAUCCCAUGGAAAUCUUGUAUCGGUACAAAGUUCAGGUAGAAGGAGGCAGUGGCAAUUUCACGUGGACCUCUUCCAAUCAGACUGUAGUCACAGUCACCAUAAAAGGAGUAGUGACUGCCGGGGUGGUCAGAGGGCAGAGCACAGUACAGGCCAGAGACGUGCAGAACCCCUUCCAUUAUGGAGAAAUAAAGGUGUAUGUCUUGAAAUUGACGAAGAUGGAGAUUUUGCCAUUUCAUGCAGACAUUGAGAUUGGCCAAGUUUUGGAAGUUCCACUGAUGAUGUACCACACUGAUAGGGAGACAAGGGAGACCAUUGCUUUUACGGACUGCUCCCUCUUAGCCCUGGACAUAAGCAUGGAUAAGCAAGGAGUCUUCAUCCUUGCUGAAGAGGGUAAUCAGAAACCUGGCCUGACAUUCUGCUCCAGUAUCCAGUUAGCAGCAAAGUCCUUGGGACACACUUUAGUAACGGCGAGCGUGACAGUGUUCCAGGAGUAUUUUGAAACCAGUGCCACAUUUGCUGCAUAUGAGCCUCUCAAGGCUCUAAACCCAGUGGAGGUGGCGUUGGUGACUUGGCAGUCAGUGAAGCAGAUGGUAUUUGAUGGAGGGCCGGGGCCAUGGGUUUUGGAACCAUCUCGUUUCUUCUUGGAAUUGACUGUGGAGCAUGAGGAAAAAAUUGAAGUUACACAGGUCCGACUGCCAACUAAAAGGAAACAGAACCAGUACAUUUACCGGAUUUUGUGCCUGGAGUUGGGGGAGCAGGUAUUUACACUCCGAGUAGGUAAUCAGCCAGGAGUCCUGAACCCUAGUCCUGCCGUGGAAACUGUGCAGGUGACUUUCAUUUGUGCUCAUCCAGCCAGUAUGUCUGUGACUCCAGUGUACAAGGUAGCUGCAGGUGCACAGCCUUGCCCAUUGCCUCAGCACAACAAACAGCUGAUCCCCGUGUCCAGUUUGAGGAAUACAGUUUUGGAGUUGGCCGUGUUUGAUCAGCACCGGCGGAAGUUUGACAACUUUAGCUCCCUGGUGCUGGAGUGGAAAUCAGCCAAUGAAAGUCUCGCACACUUUACUGACUCAAAGUCCAUGCAGAUGGUAGCAAAGGAUGAUGGGAGUGGACAGACCAGAUUGCACGGGCAUCAGCUCCUGGAGGUGCACCGCAUCAAAGGGACUAUUCUGAUUGGAGUCAGCUUUGUGAAGUAUUCAGAGAGAGGCAGUCCAAGAGAAGUAUCUAACUUGCCUACCUCCACAGCUGUGGAGUUGUUACUGGUAGAGGAUGUGACGGUGGUGCCAGACAAUGCCACUAUCUAUAAUCAUCCUGCUGUGAAGGAAAUAUUUGAUCUAGUGGAAGGAUCUGGGUACUUCUUGGUCAACAGCAGCAAAGAGGAGAUUGUAAACACUACAUACCUGGAAGCAGAGAGUGCCAUCGAGAUCAUCCCUUUUCAUCCUGGAUCUCUAACCUUGGAGGUCUACGAUCUCUGUCUGGCAUUUCUGGGACCAGCUACAGUCUAUAUACAUGUGUCCGAUAUGCAUGAGUUGGAGGUGGAUCUCAUUGAUAAGAUCGAGAUUGGCAAGUCUGUCCUAGUCAGCGUGCGAGUCCUUGGUUUUCAUCGACAUCCAUUCAGGAGUAAAUAUUUCAAGUACAUGAAGCUCAAACUGCAGGCAGCAUCUGCUAUUGUUACACUUGUGCUAAUGGAGGAAGUGGGUGAAUACUCUGAAGUCUAUGUACUCCGAGCUGUCGCAAUAGGCCAGACAACUUUGGUGGCUACAGCCUGGGACAAGAUGGGAAGAAAAAUCACGUCUGCUCCUCGGAAGGUUGAAGUCUUUCCUCCGUUCAAACUCAUCCCUGAGGAAAUGACCCUCAUUCCACACAACAUGAGGCAGGUGAUGUCAGAAGGUGGCCCACAGCCACAGUCCAUCAUUCACUUCUCUAUCAGUAACCAGACUGUGGCUGUAGUUAACAGGCUGGGCCAGGUGAUGGCUAAGGCAGUUGGAACAGCUAUAAUACAGGGUACCAUUCAGGCGGUCAGUGAAGACACAGGAAAAGUAAUAGUUUUCUCAAAGGGUCAAGUGGAAUUGGAAGUAGUUCAGCUGAGAGCAGUAAGAAUUCAUGCACCUGCCACUAGGCUUAUAACAGCCACCAAGAUGCCUGUUUAUGUCAUGGGGCUGACCAGCACUCUGACUCCCUUUUCCUUUGGUAAUGCCAACCCAGGGCUGAUAUUCCGUUGGUCAAUGAGUAAACGGGAUGUUCUGGACCUUCUCCCCCGACACUCAGAGAUUUCCCUGCAGGUUGUACCUGAGAAUAACUUUGCUAUGGUUGUACAUACUAAGGCAGCUGGGAGAACCAGUAUUAAAGUGACAGUGCAAUGUCUGAAUGUAUCCGCUGGUCAGUUUGAAGGAAACCUGGCUGAACUCUCAGACGAAGUACAAAUAUUGGUGUUCGAUAAGCUUCUACUUUUCUCUCCAGAGUGCCCUGCAGAGCAGAUUCUGAUGUCCACAAACUCACAGCUCAAGCUGUAUACAAACAGGGACGGGGCAGCGAUUGUGAGCUCUCAGAUCCUGCAGUGUUUCCCCAACUCUUCUGUCAUUGAGGAGCAUGGCCAGGGGCUCCUGAGAGCAGGGGCUGUAACAGGCACUGCAGUGCUAGAAGUAACUUCUCUAGAACACUUUGGAGUCAACCAGACAGUCAUAACUGGGGUCCGGGUGGCUCCAGUGUCAUACCUGAGGAUAAGCACUAGUCCCCAACUCUACACCAUUAGCGGCACAUCUCUGAUGGCAUUUCCUCUGGGGAUGGCUCUUACUCUCACAGUCCAGUUCUAUGACAAUAUUGGGGAAAAAUUCCAUGCCCAGAACACCCAGCUUUACCUGGCUUUGAACAGAGAUGACCUGCUGCUAAUCAGACCUGGGAGUAAGAAUUACACAUACAUUGCUCAGGCUGUGAACAGAGGAGUGACACUGCUGGGAAUCUGGGAUGAGAAGCACCCAGGCAUGGCUGAUUAUAUCCAUGUGCCCGUGGAGCAUGUCAUUGAGCCAGACCUCUCAAAGCCCAUUGCAGUAGGAGAUGUGAUCUGUUUCAGCACUCCCCUUGUAAACCAUGAAGGUGAACCUGGGCUGUGGCAAGUCUCCCCCACUGGCAUUCUUGAGACAGACCCUUUGAGUGGAGCAGCAUUUGUGAAGAAUGCUGGGACAGCUACAAUCUUCCAUGACAUCCCAGGGAUAGUGAGAACAUACAGAGAGAUAGUUGUCAAUGGUUCAUCAAGAUUAAGCCUCCACCUUGGUCCCAAAAGCUACCUAACCAAUAUUCCUAACUCUUCUGAAGUCUGGGUUUUCGUUGCCACAGGCAGUGCAGGAACAAGCCUCAGAGGCCCAUGCAGCCCUAGUCAGCUUUAUGCAGUCACCAGUCUGCUUCGCCCAGAGUCUCACCUGCUAUGCCAAGUUGAGUUCAGCAGCACAGUGCUGGAUAUUCCAGCAAGUAAAGUCUUUCAUGUCCAGUCACACUUCAGUAUUGAAAAAGGUCUCUAUGCUUGCAUAAUCACUGCUAAACCCCAGUCUGAUGAAGUCCUGCUGGCUUUGAGUUUUGCUGAGGUCUCUGUAUAUGUGAUGGUCUGUCUCUUCAGUGAACAAAGCAAGGAUGGAAUGCAAAGAAUCCUGGUUCCCUUCCUCCCUGCAUUUUACCUCAACCAGUCUGAAUUGGUUUUUAGCAGCAAACAACUAAAUGGCAAGAUCAGAGUGCUGGGAGCUGAGAAAGUGUUAGAAAAGCUGGAGGUCCACCCCAACUCUCCUGUGAUAAUAGUGAGGCAGCCUGAACAUUCGCCCAGCAUGCCUGGACUUGUCUCCUACCCAGUUAGUGUGGUCAAUCUCACAUCUCUCCACCAGAUGGCAGCCCCCAUCUUUAUCAAUGUCUCUUGUAUUCUUACAGGCCAAAGAGUUACCAUAGCUGUGAGAGUUCUGGCAGGGCAGCAUCUGUUUAGUCAGUGCAAUGAAGCAGGAAUUGUUCAACAGCUUAUGGGCUCUUACCAGAUCCUUCUCUUCACCCUCUUUGCUGUUCUAGCAUCAACAGCUGUAAUCUUUCUCACAUACAAUGCCUUUCUGACUAGAGUGCAGACUGUACCUAUUGUGUAUGUUCCUACCUCAGCUACACCUCAGACAGGGUAUUCAUAUCCUCCUGUUGGUACUCAGCAACACAGUGGAAGAAACAGGACACAGCUAUGGCUUUGGAGUGUACGGAGAAGGCACGUCUGAAAGAAGUACCUACUUGUACAACAAUAAAUGUCUAGUGAAGCGUGAUGUUAGGUGUAGUCCCAACUCCUGUAACUGGAAGUCACAGCACCUUCGUGGUUCUCUGGGACAACAGUCUGACUCUAGACUCUUCUGUCCACAGUGAUGGGUACUGGACAGGAGCCCCACUACCACGUUGCUAAAGACACAAGAGAGUUUGUGCCAUUCUACUUUAAACGAUCAGGUAGAUCCUGCAACAAGAAAACUCCCUCAUGAUUUGGGCCAGAAUAAAGUCCAGAAGCCACCCA